CGCUCUGACUGGCUCGCGUCGCUGCCACUCUAUUUCAGCCUAGUGGCGCGCAGCGGCGGCUACCGGCGGGAACGUGAGCGGCGGCGGCGGUGGCGGAAGUGGCCGGGGAGGCCGGUCCCUACCGACACCAUGCUUCCCUUGUCGCUGCUGAAAACGGCUCAGAAUCACCCAAUGUUGGUGGAGCUCAAAAACGGGGAGACAUACAACGGGCACCUGGUGAGCUGUGACAACUGGAUGAACAUCAACCUGCGCGAGGUGAUCUGCACGUCCAGGGACGGGGACAAAUUCUGGCGGAUGCCCGAGUGCUACAUCCGAGGCAGCACCAUCAAGUACCUGCGCAUCCCCGACGAGAUCAUCGACAUGGUCAAGGAGGAGGUGGUGGCCAAGGGCCGUGGCCGCGGUGGCCUGCAGCAGCAGAAGCAGCAGAAGGGCCGCGGGAUGGGGGGCGCCGGGCGAGGUGUGUUCGGUGGCCGGGGCCGAGGUGGGAUCCCCGGGACUGGCAGAGGUCAGCCAGAAAAGAAGCCAGGCAGGCAGGCGGGCAAGCAGUGAGCCGCCCCUCCCUCCAUUCCCGAGACUGAGCUGCCGCAUGGAGCAUCUGCUCCCACCCCGAGGCUGCUUUCCUGCUCUCCAGUUUAUGACUGUUCAGAACAAAAAGAAGAGGCAGGGGUCGGGGAGGACCCCCUGCCUGUCGUCUCGUGGUCCUCCUCUUUUUUUGUUAGCCAGCAGUUCUAUGGUUGGAAAUGUUAUUCUGUGCUUCUGGUUUUGUGAAGCCGCAGCCAACUGGAUUCCUGGAAGAUUCUGUGUUUAAUGCAUCUGUAAAGCCCUCUUGUUUUAAGGGCAGGCAUUUUCCAAACAGGUUUGUUUUGCAUUCUGUAUGGUGAACAGACCGGAGGUUUUUAUUUUCAGCUGUUUGCACUGAGAUUGACAGCCUGGAGGGUCUCCUGAAACACGGACCCUGAAACUGCCUUUUCGAAAUGAAUCCAGGCAAACAGAAGCUGUGCCUCAGAAGCUGUUCUGGGGGAUGAUGCCCUGUUCCGUCCCUUCUUCUCUCCCUCUUUGUCUUAGAAAAAUAAAAACAAAUACAACUACAAA